AUGUCGUUGGAGGAGAAGUUGGCUAAGAUCAAAUCGCCAAAUCUUCAAAGUCAACAACAUACAACCGUAGUCUUGUCCUCGAUCGAAGAAACCCUCUCGGAGCAGAAAACCAAAUUCACACCCACAGCGUAUUUUGCUGCUCUGCUUGCGCUUCUCAAGCAGUCUUCGUCUGCUGCCCAGCAGUCUAGCGACAAUGAGAUUCUUACCUCCACAGUCUACCUCCUCGACCUAGUGACAUCUUAUGUAUCCGCGAGCCUCCUCCGAACACAGUUCAGUACGAUCCUCUCCCUCCUAGCACCAUUUCUAAGUGCCACGACCUCGAACGCGCCCUUACUGCGAUCUGCGAUUGGCUGUCUAGAGUCAUUAUUGGUGGCUCAGGACUCCGCAGCAUGGAAUCUGCCACAAAACCAAACGAGCCCUAGACAGGCCAUUGUGGUACUUCUUACACUAGCGAUUGACCCGAGGCCGAAGAUAAGAAAGCGGGCGCAGGAAGCAUUGACAAAAGUGUUGAAGACGCCCCCACCGGGCCCUGCAAUCGACCAUCCAGCUGCGGAACUAUGUGCGACGGCGGCGCAGAACAACCUCAAGAAUGCAGUGGAUACAGCCCAUCAAGCGAAGCGUCAGCGAGGCAGACCAGAUGAUAGUCAUGAACCCGCAGUGAUACACGCUCUGCAAUUGACCAAGACGAUCGCUGUGGCUUCUGGUGGAUGGCCUAGCAAGAAAAUCGAAUCUCUUUGCGAACUGCUCUUGGGAAUAUCGCGAUCGAGGAACGACUUUCUGGUGAUGAGCGCAUUUGAAGUGUUCGAAGUGAUAUUCGAGGGCAUGCAAGACGAGGUGUCAUCAUCCAAAUUACCGCGUUUGUUGGAGGCUAUAGUCGAGUUGAAACCUGCUCAGAACGAUUCGCAGCUGAUACCUCCUUGGAUAGCCAUUCUGUCCCGAGGAUAUGGCACAGCUGCAGCGGUUGAGCCGGAAGACACCUUCGCCAAGCUUCCUGAACUAUUCGACUUGGUGGCAGCCUUUUUGACUAGUCCGUCGCAUAACAUCAGAGUUUCAGCGUCAGAGUGUCUCAUUUCUUUCUUCGCCAACUGUGUCCCGGACAGCGCGAUAUCAGAUCCGUCAGUCUAUGACGAAAAGCUGUUGGAACAAAUCUCACAGAAGGCCCUCGGGCUCUUGGCUGUCAAAUAUCAGACGGCAUGGAUGGAAGUAUUCAGUGCUCUGGCAGCGUUAUUCGAUGCUCUACGGUGGCGGGGUGAUCCCUUUCUACUCCCGAUCGUGAAAGCAAUAGGACAAUUGAGGAGUAAUGAGGGCUUCCAAGGCAAAAAGGAAGCAGACGAGGUCCUGGGUCAUGCUAUUCGAAAUCUUGGUCCUGGGGCUGUGCUGAGCAUUCUACCGCACAAUUUGAUCAAACCACAGCCAGGUCAGCCUGGUCGAGCAUGGCUUCUUCCAGUUUUGAGAGAUCAUGUCUCGAACACGUAUCUGGCUCAUUUCAAAUCAGAUCUCGUCCCUCUCAGUGAAGCCAUGUAUCAACGCAUCCUUGAUCACGGCAAAGGUGAGAAGACAAUGGACGUCAAGAUCUUCGAGACGGUGAUACAACAGGUCUGGGCCACAUUGCCUGGAUACUGCGACUUGCCUUUGGAUUUGCAAGUUGCCAUGGACCAACCCUUUGCUGAAAUGAUAUCAAACCUGCUAUACCAACAGACCGAGCUCCGAGUUGAUCUUUGCAGAGGGUUGCAGAAUCUAGUGGAAUCCUACCAGGCAUUACUGGCAUCAGAUCUAUCGGACGAAGUGUUGCUCCUCGAACGACGCAUGUCACGAGCAGACGCCGAGAAGAACAUCCAGCAUCUGUCAACGUUUGCCGGAAACCUUCUAGCCGUGCUCUUCAACGUCUACAGCCAAACGCUGCCUCAGUCCCGAGCAUACAUUCUGCAGUGUAUCAACGCCUACCUCAGCAUUACUCCCGAGAAAGAUCUAGUCGACACAUUUGAACGCGUGUCCAAAAUGCUAGAGGAGGCACUACCAAAGCCGGAUCAGCCACCCCCGAAGAAAGAACAAAACCAGCCCGUAGGCAACAAAUUACCACCAACGUCUCAUACGCUUCUUGAUCUCGUCAUCGCCCUAUCUGUUCAUCUACCUCGAUCGACGUUCUCAUCUCUAUUCUCAAUCUCUUCGAACAUCCUGACAAAUCCAGUGGUGCUGAAAUCCGACCCGCAACUCAUCAAGAAAGCAUACAAACUGAUCCCCAGACUGUCAACUUCCAAGACCGGCUCCGAAGCCCUCACAGCCCGGAACACAGAACUGCAACAGCUCAUAUUGCAGACUUCCGAAACCACGCCCGUUCCUGCACGACGAGACCGCAUACUGGCGAUUCAAACGCUCAUCUCCUUCCUCCCCUUGUCCGAUCUGCACUUCAUCCCUAGCAUUCUAAGCGAAGUCGUUCUGGCGUGCAAAGACAGCAACGAAAAAGCACGAACAGCAGGCUUCGACCUACUCAUCGCCGUGACGAAUAAGAUCUCCGACCCUACGAAUCCACCAGAUACAGUCAUCCGAAACAGACUCGUGUCGCAUAUGCCGGACGACUCCCCGGAUGCGCCAGCUAGCCUCGAAGAGGUGUUCACCAUGGUCAGCGCGGGUCUGGCCGGUGUCGCUCCACAUAUGGUCGCGGCCAGCGUGAUCGCUCUGAGUCGAUUGUUGUGGGAAUAUCAUGGCCAGCUAUCGGACAAGACGAAAGAAGAGCUUGUCGACACGGUGACGAUGUUUCUGCAGUCGAAUAAUCGAGAAAUCGUGCGUGCGGUUUUGGGGUUUGUCAAAGUCAUGGUUGUUGUCCUGCCUGUUACGAUGCUCGAGCCGAGAAUGCCUGCGAUAGUGCCGGGCUUGAUGGCGUGGAGCAAAGAGAACAAAGGCCGACUAAGGGCCAAGAUCAAGGGGAUCCUCGAUCGGUGUUUAAGAAGAUUUGACGCGUCGAAGGUGGAGAGCUGGGCUGGUGGAGAUGAUCGCAAGAUGAUUGUCAACAUAAGAAAACGGAGAGACCGAGCUAAGAAGAAGACCAAGGGCAAUGACGAGGAAGAUGCGGAGGAGGAAGAAGAAUUCGGUGGGCGAGAGAAGCAUGACAAUGCAUUCGACGAGGCCGUGUACGGCUCUGAAGAUGAUGAUUCGGAGAUUGAUGGCGGCGAAGGAGACAGUGAUGAAGAUGGUGACGAUGCUAUGUCUGGCGUGGCGUUCAAGAAGUCCACCACUGCUGGAAAGAGAAGGGGCGAGCAGCAGUAUAUCCGACAGGAAGACGAGGAAGACGAGCCUCUUGAUCUGCUCGACCCGAAGAGUAUGGGCAACAUUUCGAGCAGGAAGUUGGGUCGACUACGAGAUGCUCAGGCCUCCUCCAGAAAGAUGUCAAAAGCGAAAGUCAACGAGGACGGCAAACUCGUUUUCGGUAACAUUGACGGCGACGAAGCUGACGAAGAUGUUGAUGUCGCGAUGUCAGGAGCUGGCGCCGGGCAGGAUAACUCGAUCAACGCCUACCUCGACGCCGUGUCGGGCGCCGAUGCGGUCCGACGUGGGCAGAAGGGCAAAUUGAAGGUCAAGAGCGGCAUGCAGAAGAAGGCCAAGCAAGAGACGCGUCAGAGAGAUGGUGAGGAGAUGAAUCUCGACGUCGAGGAAGCGAGGCAGGUUGCCCGCCAGAUCAUGCAAGGUUCGGGAAGUCCCAGGUCUCCUGGAGCAGGAGCAGGAGCAGAAGGAAGAGGAAGAGGAGGAGGAGGAAAGCAAGAUGCUAGACAGCAACGGCGAGGCCUAGGCGUGGAGAAGAGUAGAGGACCGAUGCAGACGCAGUCGAAGUUCAGGGGUGGCGGUGGUGUAGGGAAGAGAGGUAGGGGCAAUGCGAGGUUUGCUGGGCGGCAUGGAAGGAACUGA